GGGCGACUGGUAACCCGGAAGCGAUCAGCAGUGCGGCGCUGUUUAAAGAUGGCGGCGGAGGAACCUCAGCAGCAGAAGCAGGAGCCGCUGGGUAGCGACUCCGAAGGUGUUAACUGUCUUGCCUACGAUGAAGCCAUCAUGGCUCAGCAGGACCGAAUUCAACAAGAGAUUGCUGUGCAGAACCCUCUGGUCUCGGAGCGGCUGGAGCUCUCGGUCCUGUACAAGGAGUACGCUGAGGACGACAACAUCUAUCAACAGAAGAUCAAGGACCUCCACAAAAAGUACUCCUACAUCCGCAAGACCAGGCCCGAUGGGAACUGCUUUUAUCGAGCUUUCGGGUUCUCCCACUUGGAGGCGCUGCUGGAUGACAGCAAGGAAUUGCAGAGGUUCAAAGCCGUGUCUGCCAAGAGCAAAGAAGACCUGGUGUCCCAGGGCUUCACUGAGUUCACAAUUGAGGAUUUCCACAAUACGUUCAUGGACCUGAUCGAGCAGGUGGAGAAGCAGACCUCAGUAGCUGACCUGCUGGCCUCCUUCAACGACCAGAGCACCUCGGACUACCUGGUAGUCUACCUGCGGCUGCUCACCUCUGGCUACCUGCAGCGGGAGAGCAAGUUCUUCGAGCACUUCAUCGAGGGCGGGCGGACUGUCAAGGAGUUCUGCCAGCAGGAGGUGGAGCCCAUGUGCAAGGAGAGCGACCACAUCCACAUCAUCGCCUUGGCCCAGGCCCUCCGCGUCUCCAUCCAGGUGGAGUACAUGGACCGCGGGGAGGGCGGCGCCACCAACCCGCACAUCUUCCCUGAGGGCUCCGAGCCCAAGGUCUACCUUCUCUACCGGCCCGGACACUACGACAUCCUGUACAAGUAGGGCCGGCCCUGCCCGCCGCCACCCUGCUGCCCUCCCCUCUGCCAGGCGCUAGACAUGUACAGAGGUUUCUGUGUGGUUGUAAAUGGUCACAUUUCACUCCUCCCUCCCUGUCACACAACCUUCUGUGUUCUAUUAAAGGGGAUGCUGGUGGUGAGCCGCGUGUGCGUGUCCCUGCUCUGCUGCUGCCUGCCUGGCUGCUCUGUGUCUGGCUGUGCCCCUUCCCCCUGGGUGGGUCCCCACACCUCCCUGCCAGCAGCAGCUUUGAGAGGCUAGGCCUCUUGGGGCACCCCUCCUGGUUAUUGGGAUUCUGCUUCCAUUGUGCCUCCCUCCUUCUGGCUGGCCCCAGGGGCUUCCAUGGACGUUUGGAGGUUCCUUGGAGACUCAUCCAGGGACCUCGGACCAUCAAGGCUUCGAGCUGCUCCCUCAUGGGCCCACCUCCAUCUGUAGUCAGGCCAGGGCCCCAGACCCCAGCUGCCUGCUUUCCGCCAGGGGUCUGCUCGGUCAAGGACUACUGGGUGGAGAGGGCCAACAUGAUGCGGGGGGCCUGGCUCAGCAGGUGGUAGGGCUGGGGUGCCUCCAGUGUGCCCCCACCCUGGUGGGGAAGGGGCAGCCUUCAAGCCCCUGCUCGGCUGAGUCCCCAGGUCUAGGCAGGACUUGCUGGGCUACCAUCCCCCGUCCACCCCAGGCCCUGUGCCUGUGCCUGCUUUGCACCCCUUUUGCUUGGGCCACAGUGUCUGCAUCGCCUGCCUUUCUGCCUUCACCUCCUUUCCUCCCCACCCCAGACUUGUGGGGGCUUAGCCCCCAGGCUGUGAGCUCCUUGGGGGCAGGCCCUCAAUAAAUGUGAAGUGCUGCUGCCCA